AUGAUGAGAUCCUUGGAUAUACAUGAAGUUUGGAUUGGCUUGAAUGAUCUGGAUUACAAGGAUUUGUAUCAGUGGUCGGAUGGGACUAAGGUUAGAUCAUAUAAAUAGAUUUCCCUACGGACUAAUGCCAGCUGAUGGUAGCCAACCUGCAGUUGUCAGAGGCCGAAAAUAAUGUUAAUUCUCACCAUUAUAAUAUGUGGUAGUCUUAGUUGAGACACGUACUAUAGAUAGAAUUGAGAGAUGACUUUUAAUUUUCUUGCUCCUAUAAUUAUCACCAUUUCCGUAGUUGACCACUAUUUGCUGUCCUGUAAUGCUUACUGAAAUCCAUCAUAAUCAACCUACCUACUUAAUUGCCAUUACUUAUCGUCUAGGUUGGUUACAGUAAUUGGUCGCGAUCUGAUACAGAAGAUUUUGAUAAUGGUGACCAUAACUGUGUUGUUGCCAGUGACAGUGGUUGGAUGGUGAGAAGAUGUGCUGAAAAAAUAAAGUUUGUUUGUGAAUACGAACCAUGUAAGUGAUGUGUAUUGUAUGGUAUGGUAUAAUGUAUGGUAUGGUUCAAUGUAUGGUAUGGUAUGGUGUGGUAUGAGAUAAUAUUCCUAUGAAAUUUCUUCAUAUAAUAAUUGUUUAUUAUUAGCUCACGGUUCCUGUGAUUUUAAAACUGGCUUAUGUGGCUGGGCAAACGAUCCUGAACAAAACAGCCCUGGCUGGCGACGACAGUUUCAAGACCUUAACAACAGAUCUAUUGCUUUUAAUAUUUGUGGUUAGUAAGUAUUACUGUAAAUAAUCGUAGGAGCUAUCCAGUAUAAAUAAAGUUAGUGUAGUUUUAAGCGGUCAAAUUCUUUUAGGUCCAAAAAUAAGGUGAGGUCUUCUCUUCUAUUUUAGGCGGAAAUGUUUCGUCCCUUGGAAACAAUGUCAGUCACACAAACCCUUAUCCCUACAGAGUUUCUCUCUACGAUAACAACACAAAACCUGGCACAUUUACCAUUGCAUCUCUGCUCUCUCGGAAGAUAUACUCGACAGUCAUAGACAGUUAUGGCGUAUGCCUGCAGUUCAGGUUCCGUCUAACUGGGCAACAAACAGAACUGGGUGUAAUAAUUAAUAGGAAAGGAAUGGCUGGGGAACCUCUGUGGAAAGUUCAUGGUUCGAAUCAGAGUUUGGCGUGGAAACAAGGACGG